AUGGCUGCGACCAUGAAUAUGGGCUUGUUGCCCACCAUCAAAUGCUCGAAUUGUGGGAUAAAUGUCGAGAUCUCGGUAAUGGGUGACCAUGUCUGCGCACCUCUGUCCGUAUCUUCAUCACCCCCUCCGCCACCACCGAAACAACACAGUCCAUCGAAAAGUAUAGGGAGAUCAGGCAUCCCACCACCGAUUGAUCCUUCUAAAGCCAAUCGACCAUUUAUGCGUCUGGAGGCUGUGAUCAGCAAUAAGGGUAAUAUCACCCCGUUUCCAGAUGGCCAGAACUCCCCGCCUCGCCAGUUACUACGGAGCCAAACGUCUCCCCUCCCCUCUCAGCCGCAAUCUUCAGAUCAGGAUGAGAUUCCGACAUUUCCCCUUCCACGGUCCAUGUCUCAAAAGACAUCAAAGCACAUGGUACCUCUUGAAAAUCCAUACAAGGCGCUGCCAAUUCCGGCCAGCGAUAUUGGUACCACAGGCCAGAGUAUUCGCUUACCUUUAGGCGAGCAAGCGGUAGCACCGCCGCCACCGUUGCCCAAGGACGACGUUCCAGGGCCACUACCAACCUUUCACAAAUAUAGCUACUCCACUGAAAGUAAAAGCAGUUACCGAACUUCUGUCGGCAGCUCCCGGUAUGAUUCCAGACGAUCCACAUCAGUGUCAAUGGGGCGGCCAUCCUAUGGUAGCUUGUCGCAUCAGUAUAAAUUCCUAGAGGAUGCUCCGCCGAUCCCGUCUACAUUUCCCAGCAAGCUGUUACGUGAUUCAACUGCCACCACGUUCUCGGAAGCAAGUAUGCCUCACGGCGACAUCAAACAUGACCAGGAUAGGCAUAAGUGCCAUGGCAGUGGUACUCACAAUCCGUCUAUGGAGCCCACCACCGACACGGUGGAUAACCAGGAGGAUAGGCCAGCUGCUCUCCGUGCAUCAUCCCAUACCAACUCGGACCGUCUAAGCAGCAACCGCGGGUCCGCUGAACUGUUCUUUAGAAGCCCUACCCCGAGUUCCCAUGGUACGCCGUCGGAACUUCCCGACCUCUCCGAAGAGCGGUCAACCUCUCCUGCAGACAUGCAGGGAAUCGAAUACAAAGCUUAUAAGAGCCCGAGUCUCCAACCCCCCGGGCAGGAACUUGGCGCCGGCGACGGACUCGCCCCUGCACCGAGGAAGAAUUCGGAUGCCAUCAGCGAAGCUGGUAUUUCUAUCACUAAUUUUGCUCGGGAGUUGGGCUUGGACACUACGGACAGUGUGAUGGAGAGCUCGACAGCUUCCUCCGAUUCAUCGCCGAGUGAUACACGAAGCGGCACCUCUUUCUCGAGCAUCGGAUCAGAUAUCAGCAUGUCAAAGCGCAACCUGUCCGAUCAAGGCCAACUAGGCACCUUAGUGGAGGAACUACAAACAACGAACGGCGAGAAUACAACGAUGUCAAUGACAGGUUUUGACACGCUCGAGCCUCCUCGGAUGCCGCAAUAUCUUUUCAGUCCAGACUCCCCGACCGAUCCCGCCAUCAGUACGGGAAGCGUGUCCCUUCUUCAUGAUAAGCCCAUGCAGAAACCGACAAAGGAAGACCAGCCGGAGCCCCCUGCAACGACUAGUCCCACAACUGAACGGCCUGCUCGUGCAACACCCCGCCCAAAGGGCCCUUGCCGCGGCUGUGGUGAGAUGAUUGUCGGGAAAUCUGUCUCGUCUGCGGAUGGUCGCCUUACGGGCCGGUAUCACCGGGCAUGCUUUGUGUGCUAUGAUUGCAAAACCCCUUUCCAAACCGCCGACUUUUACGUCAUGGAUGACCUUCCAUAUUGUGCGCAGCACUACCACCAGCGCAAUAACUCGCUUUGCCAUACAUGUCACACAGGCAUUGAGGGACAGUAUCAGGAGACAAUCGAGCAACGGGGCCAUGGGCCAGCCGAUCGCUUCAAGUUUCAUCCAGACUGUCUCACAUGCCGCACCUGCCAAGUUGCGCUGAAAGGGGAGUACUUCGAAUGGAAUGGUCAGGUAUACUGUGAGCGUGAUGCCCGCAGAGCCGCGGCUUUACCACCACCCCUCGCUUCCAGCGCCCAGGCCCGGGAUUAUAUCCGCCCGGACCGCCACCCCAUGCGCGUCAACCUUCGCGUGGCUAUCCCCGUCCUCCACCCCCCGGGUAUGCAGGACGCCCCAGAUCACCGCGCCCUGGCCCACCUGGCCCCCCUGGACCGCCUGGAACCCCAAUUACCCGUCUGCCUCCACCAAGCUCAUUCGACGGGCCAUAUGGAAUGA